ACCCCGAAGAGGAAAUGUGUUCAAGCAUCCAUGACAUCAUGCGACCCACUCUGCUGGAGACAUCUAAAGGGCGACUGCUUCCAGAAUUUCUGUAACUUUCCGAACCAGACAAGCACGCCCACCUCAUGCAGUGAUUCGCCAGGUGUUUGAAGAUGUGAAAUCCUAAUGGUGUCGUGUUACCACUCCAUCCCAACCAGCCUGCCUCAUGUUUUCAUCCUGACUGUUAAGCUGCAGAAGAAGAGACACAAACGUUCUCACACUAGACAUCACCCCCUCAGAUGCUGCCAGCAUGUCGGGGCCGCUGCUGGAGUUUGAGACGGAGAUGUUCCUGUCUCUGUUUGGUUGUGACGGGCUGCUCGUGACGGCGGAGGGGAUGGGGAUAGACCGCAUCCUGCUGCAGUUCAUGCGGGUCUACUCUGAGCAGGGCAGCCUGGUCCUCCUGCUCAACACCACCACACCUGAACAGGAGUAUUUCACGGAGCAGUUGCGAGUGGAGGGUGUGACCCACCUGCCCCGGACAGUGACCAGCGACGUGCAGAGCACUGAGCGCUAUAAUGUUUACACCGAGGGAGGGGUGCUGUUCGUCACCAGCAGGAUCCUGGUGGUCGACUUCCUCACUGACCGCAUCCCUGCUCAUCUCAUAUCAGGCAUCCUGGUGUAUCGUGCUCAUAAAAUCAUUGAGUCGUGUCAGGAGGCCUUCAUCCUCCGUCUGUUCAGACAGAAGAACAAGACGGGCUUCAUUAAAGCCUUCACUGACAAGGCCACGUCCUUCUCCUCGGGCUUCUGCCAGGUGGAGCGAGUGAUGAGGAACCUCUUCGUCAAGAAGCUCUACCUGUGGCCCAGGUUUCAAGCAUCAGUAAACACGGCGCUGGACAGGCACAAGCCGGAGGUGGUGGAGCUCCAUGUGACAGCGACGCCGGCUAUGAAGGCCAUCCAGAGCUCCAUCCUGGACAUCAUGAGCGCCUGUCUGAAGGAGCUGAAACGCUACAACCCCACCCUGGAGGCCGAGGACCUCUCCGUGGAGAACACGCUAGGCAACGCCUUCGAAAAGACCAUCCGUCACUACUUGGACCCCUUGUGGCACCAGCUGGGAGCAAAGACCAAGGGCCUGGUCCAGGACCUGAAAGUGCUGAGGGUGCUCCUGCUCUACCUCACCCAGUACGACUGUGUCACCUUCCUCAAUCUGCUGGAGUCGCUGCGCUCCAGCCAAAAGAUCUUUGGAUCCAAUUCAGGGUGGCUGUUCCUCGACUCCAGCACCUCCAUGUUUAUGAACGCCAGGGGUCGAGUGUACCGCAUCCCUGAGAACAAGAAGAAAUUUAAAAUGGGACUGGAGGCGGAGAAACCGAAGUCCUCCUCUGCUUCAGAGGUGAAGCGGGAACUGGUGCUGGAAACAAGCCCAAAGUGGGGAGCUCUGACCGAGGUACUGCAGGAGAUUGAGAAGGAGAACAAGAGCCCUCAGCAUGAACCAGGUGCUGUGCUGAUCUGCGCCAGUGACGACAGGACUUGUGCCCAGCUGCAGCAGUACAUCAGGCACGGCUCCGACUGGAUGCUUAACCGACUAUACGCCCGCACAGUCGGUAAACGGGACCCCGCUGCAGCCGCCGCCUUUGAACUCGACUCGCACAAAAAGGGCAACGGCUGGCCUAAAAAAGGAGCCAAGGGAAAGGAGCCUGCACAGAACAAAAAAUCCACAAAGAGUAAAAAAAGGCCAUCGCUGACUCUGACCCAGAUGGUGGGGAAAGAGGAUGAAGCAGCGGCGAUGGGCAGCAGCGGAGAUGAGGAUGAACCGACGGAGGAGGACGGAGGCGAGGAAGAUCAGCUGAAGCUGGAUUUGUCAUCGGACGCCUACUACGGCGUCCUAAAGGAGCCGCUGACCGUCAUUCACCCGCUGAAAGGCCUCACAGACCCCCACAGCUUGACGCGAGUGCUGCACGAGGUGGAGCCCAGUUUCGUGGUGCUGUACGAUGCCGAACUCAGCUUCGUCCGCCAGCUGGAGAUCUACAAAGCCAGCCGACCCGGAAGGACGCUGAGGGUGUACUUCCUCAUCUAUGGAGGCUCGACAGAAGAGCAGAAGUACCUGACGGCGCUGUCUAAGGAGAAGAAAGCCUUUGAGCACCUGAUCAGGGAAAAGGCUACUAUGGUGAUCCCAGAGGAGAGGGAGGGGCGAGAAGACACCAACCUGGACCUUGCUAGAAAUUUAGAGCCUGCCAAUGCCACCACCAACACCCGCAAAGCAGGAGGCCAGGAGCAGCCCAAAGAGCCCUCGCGAGUCAUCGUGGACAUGCGGGAGUUCCGCAGCGAACUGCCCUCCUUGCUGCACCGCCGCGGGCUGGACAUCGAGCCCGUCACCCUAGAAGUAGGCGACUACAUCCUGACCCCGGACACGUGCGUCGAGCGCAAGAGCGUCAGCGAUCUGAUCGGCUCGCUGCAGAGCGGCCGCCUCUACACCCAGUGCCUCUCCAUGACCCGGUACUACAAGAAACCAGUGCUCCUCAUCGAGUUCGACCCAGCGAAACCGUUUUCUUUAAUAGCCCGAUCAGAUUUCCGCAACGAGAUAUCGUCCAAUGAUGUUUCCUCAAAACUCACCUUGCUCACCUUGCAUUUCCCACGGCUCCGUAUACUCUGGUGCACCUCGCCACACGCCACAGCUGAGCUCUUCUUGGAUCUAAAGCAGGGUCGCGCCGAACCCGAUGCCGCGGCAGCUCAGGCAGUCACAGCCGAGUCAGACAUGGUGGCGGAAUCAGCAGACCUCUACAACCCAGGACCUUAUGACUUCCUGUUGAAAAUGCCCGGGGUCAAUACAAAAAACUAUCGGGCUCUUAUAAAAAACGCAGACAGCCUGGCAGAUUUAGCCAAACUCAGCCAGGACAAGCUGGCAGAGAUACUCGGGAACAAUAACAACGCUAAGUUGCUGUAUGAGUUUCUGCAUAAUGCCGCUGACGUCCCUCCUCCUGUGCAGAAGGCCAAGCAGACAUGAUAGGCAGUAAAA